AGUGCCUGGCGAGCUGGGAGGGAGAGGGGACGAGGGCGGGACCUCAGCCACUUCUUCCCUCCCUUAGAGUCACAAUCAAAAGCUUGGGUGAGGACAAACAGACCGCAGUGGGGUGGAGCCCUUACAAAACUCACCCCAGUGGUCCAGCAAGAGGAGCUUCACUGCGGGGGGCCCCUCCAAUCUGAGUCCCGCGGGGAACAUGGAGGCCUGAGAGCCCGUAGAUCCGGUAGGUCACUGAAAACACCAGGACUCAGGACCCGGCUCCCAUCAUGCACUCAGAGACUGCUCCGAGGUUCUUGGCGCUCCUGCUGCCUAUCCUGCUGCUGCUUCUGGCUGCCCGGCCUGUGGCUAGCAAGGGCUGUGUCUGCAAAGGCAAAGGGCAAUGCCUCUGCGCGGGGACCAAAGGGGAGAAGGGGGAGAAAGGCUUUCCUGGACCCCCUGGAUUUCCUGGACAGAAAGGAUUUCCAGGUCCUGAAGGCUUGCCUGGACCACAGGGACCCAAGGGCUCUCCAGGACUCCCAGGACUCACUGGCCCCAAAGGCAUCAGGGGAAUAACUGGAUUACCAGGAUUUGCAGGUCCUCCUGGACUUCCAGGCAUCCCAGGCCACCCCGGGCCUCCUGGGCUGGCUGGUUUACCAGGAUGCAACGGUUCUAAGGGAGAACAAGGAUUCCCAGGCAUUCCAGGAACACCAGGCUAUGCAGGGCUCCCAGGUCCCCAUGGCUUGAAAGGACAAAAGGGUGAGCCUGCUCAAGGAGAGGACAGGGAAUUCAAUGGAAAAGGUGACCCUGGGCCUCCAGGGGCUCCAGGCUUCCAGGGUUUUCCAGGACUCCCAGGUUUCCCAGGGCCUGCGGGUCCACCAGGACCUCCAGGAUUUUUUGGUUUGCCAGGAGCGAUGGGACCCAGAGGACCCAAAGGUCACAUGGGCGAUUACAUGAUAGGACCAAAAGGAGAAAAGGGUGAAAAAGGAUUAACAGGACCUCCUGGGAUGCCAGGAACUGUGAUUUUUACACUCGCCCGCCCAUACAACAAAUCGGACUUCAAGGGAGAGAAAGGAGAUGAGGGCGAGAGGGGUGAACCUGGACCUCCUGGACCCUCGGGGCCACCUGGGGACUCCUAUGGAUCAGAAAAGGGUGCUCCUGGAGAGCCUGGCCCUCGGGGAAAACCUGGAAAAGAUGGUGCUCCUGGCUUCCCUGGCACUGAGGGGGCCAAGGGCAGCAGGGGCUUUCCUGGGCUGAGGGGUGAAGCCGGCCUUAAGGGAUGGAAAGGAGACGUUGGCCCCCCAGGAUUACCUGGUCCAACAGAAUAUUAUGACGUGUACCUGGAAAAGGGAGAUAAAGGACUACCAGGCCCGCCUGGGCCCAAAGGAGCUCGUGGCCCACAAGGUCCGAGUGGUCCCCCUGGAGUUCCUGGAAGUCCUGGACUGUCAAGGCCUGGCCUCAGAGGACCCCCUGGAUGGCCAGGCUUGAAAGGAAGUAAAGGAGAGAGAGGACCCCCUGGAAAAGACACUAUGGGCCCUCCUGGACCCCUGGGAUGUCCUGGCUCACCAGGUCCACCAGGCCAACCAGGACCUCCAGGACGUCCAGGAGACAUUGUUUUUCAGCCAGGCCCACCAGGUGACCAUGGAGUGCCAGGUGAUACAGGACCUCCAGGAGUUCCAGGAGUUGAUGGACCCAAAGGAGACCCAGGCCAUCCGUGCACCGAGUGUCACUGCUUCCCAGGACCCCCUGGCGUCCCAGGACUUCCAGGAUUAGAUGGUGUCAAAGGAGUCCCAGGAGGACGAGGUGCUCCUGGCAUGAAGGGAAACCCGGGGUCCCCAGGAAGUCCAGGUCUCCCAGGAUUUGCAGGAUUCCCAGGUGACCAAGGGCAUCCAGGACUUAAAGGUCACAAGGGGGACACACCUCUACCCUGGGGGCAAGUGGGUGAUCCUGGGGAUCCUGGACACAGAGGCCUGCCGGGAAGAAAGGGCUUCGAUGGAAUUCCUGGAGGUCCAGGAGCAAAAGGACCACCAGGACCUAGGGGUGAACCGGCCCUGAGUGGAAGGAAAGGGGACCAGGGACCUCCAGGAGCUCCUGGAUCCCCUGGACCCCCAGGACCUGCAGGACCAGCUGGACCCCCAGGCUAUGGACCCCAAGGAGAGCCAGGUCCAAAGGGAGCCCAAGGAGUCCCUGGAGCCCUGGGACCACCCGGAGAAGCCGGUCUUAAAGGAGAACCCAGUACUGCAACUCCAGUUCUAGGGCCCCCAGGCCCUCCAGGGCCCCCUGGUCGGGCUGGCCCCAGAGGUCUACCUGGUUUGCCUGGACCUGUGGGAAAAUGUGGUCCUGGCCUUCCGGGGCCUGAUGGUGAACCAGGAAUUCCAGAAGUUGGAUUCCCAGGGCCUCCAGGACCUAAGGGCGAUCAAGGUUCCCCAGGAACAAAAGGAUCCCCUGGUUGUCCUGGGGAAAUGGGAAAGCCUGGCCGUCCUGGAGAGCCAGGCUUCCCAGGAGCCAAGGGAGAACCAUCCGUAGGCAGGCCUGGGGAACCAGGAAAACCAGGCUUUCCAGGAGAAAGAGGCGAUUCUGGGGAAAAUGGAGAUAUUGGCUUCCCUGGGCUUCCAGGCCUCCCUGGAACUCCAGGAAGAGACGGGCUUGACGGGCCUCCAGGAGACCCAGGACAGUCUGGACCACCUGGAGCAAAAGGACCCCCAGGAAGGUGUACACCAGGACCUAGGGGACCCCAAGGACUUCCAGGCUUGAACGGACUGAAAGGGCAACCAGGAAGAAGAGGUGAUACUGGGCCAAAGGGAGACCCUGGCAUCCCAGGCAUGGACAGGUCUGGAGUCCCUGGAGAGCCUGGACCACCGGGAACACCAGGUCAUCCAGGGGAGAUGGGACCACCUGGCCAAAAAGGAUAUCCUGGAGCUCCAGGAUUCCCAGGGCCACCAGGCGAGAAAGGAGAGGCUGGAAUAAUGGGCUAUCCUGGAACCACUGGCCCUCCGGGACCUCCUGGGAAACCAGGCUCACAGGGGCAGAGAGGUAGCCUCGGAAUCCCAGGAAUAAAAGGAGAAACAGGACUCCGGGGAGCCAAAGGCGAACGAGGCGAGAAGGGAGAGCCUGGGCCUCCCGGAGCACUACACUUAAAGGGAGACAAAGGAGAGCCUGGACUUAAAGGAUUUGUAGGAAAUCCAGGUGAAAAAGGAAACAGAGGCAAUCCAGGGUUACCAGGUCCGAAAGGCCUCGAGGGAUUGCCUGGACUACCAGGCCCUCCAGGCCCUAGAGGAGAUACAGGGAACAGCGGAAAUCCUGGAAGACCCGGACCACGCGGCAUGCCAGGAAUCAUGGGGAACAUGGGGGUGCCAGGCCCUAAAGGGAGAAAAGGAAUGUCAGGACUUCCAGGUCUAGCUGGAAGACCAGGCCUGCCCGGGAGCCAUGGUCCCCAAGGAGAUAAGGGGGAGCCAGGUUAUUCAGAAGGUGCAAGGCUCGGACCACCAGGACCAAAGGGCGAUCCAGGAUUGCCAGGUGGCAAAGGAAAGAAAGGAGAAAGAGGCCUACCUGGGCCACCUGGACAGUCGGGGCCUGCUGGACCUGAUGGAGCCCCUGGGAGUCCUGGGAGUCCUGGCCACCCAGGAAAACCAGGUCCUGAUGGUGAUUUGGGUAUGAAAGGACAGAAAGGCUUCCCAGGCCCUCCAGGAAGCACUGGCCCUCCAGGCCCUCCAGGACUCCCAGGACUUCCUGGGCCAAUGGGUAUGAGAGGUGACCAAGGAUGUGAUGGAAUUCCUGGUCCUCCGGGAGAAAAGGGAGAAACAGGCUUGCUGGGGGGCUAUCCAGGCCCAAAAGGGAGCCCUGGUGUACCAGGGGCCAGAGGAGACAGGGGAGUUCCAGGCUUGUCUGGCCUUCCUGGAAGAAAGGGAGCCAUGGGGGAUGUUGGGCCUCAAGGACCCCCAGGCAUCACUGGACUCCCAGGACCACCGGGUCUACCUGGGGCAGUUGUCCCUGGCCCAAAAGGAAACAGAGGUCUCCCUGGCUUAAGAGGAGAUCCAGGUGAGCCAGGUCCCCCUGGACCUCCAGGACCUAUUGGAAAAGGCAUAAAAGGUGACAAAGGAUUUAUGGGCCCUCCUGGCCCCAAAGGUCUGCCUGGAACUGUAGGGGACAUGGGCCCACCAGGUCACCCGGGAGCACCAGGUACCCCUGGUCUUCCCGGUGUCAGAGGUGAUCCAGGAUUCCCCGGAUUUCCAGGCAUAAAAGGAGAGAAGGGUAAUCCUGGAUUUCUUGGGCCAAUUGGACAUCCAGGACCAGUUGGGCCCAAAGGACCACCAGGUCCACGUGGAAAACCUGGCACACUUAAGGUCAUCUCCCUUCCGGGAAGCCCAGGGCCACCUGGUGCACCCGGACAACCAGGAAUGAAAGGAGACCCCGGACCCCUGGGACCACCAGGAAUCCCAGGACCCUGUGGGCCAAGAGGUAAACCAGGCAAGGAUGGGAAACCAGGACCUCCAGGACCAGCUGGUGCAAAGGGCAACAAGGGCUCGAAAGGACAGCCAGGUCCACCUGGUCUGGAUGGAUUGCCAGGUUUAAAGGGAAAACCUGGUGACAGGGGAACGCCGGCCACUGGGACAAGAAUGCGAGGCUUCAUCUUUACCAGACACAGUCAAACCACAGCCAAUCCUUCAUGCCCUGAAGGAACACAGCCACUCUACAGUGGGUUUUCUCUUCUUUUUGUACAAGGAAACGAACGCGCCCAUGGACAAGACCUUGGUACUCUGGGCAGUUGCCUACAGCGAUUCACCACAAUGCCAUUCUUAUUCUGUAACAUCAAUAAUGUGUGUAAUUUUGCAUCACGAAAUGAUUAUUCAUACUGGCUGUCAACACCAGCCCUGAUGCCAAUGGACAUGGCUCCAAUUACUGGCAGGGCUCUCGAACCCUAUAUUAGCAGAUGCACCGUCUGUGAAGCUCCUGCAAUGGCCAUAGCUGUUCACAGUCAAACUACUGCUAUCCCUCCCUGUCCCCAGGGCUGGGUUUCUCUCUGGAAAGGUUUUUCCUUCGUUAUGUUCACAAGUGCAGGCUCUGAGGGUGCUGGACAAGCACUUGCCUCGCCCGGCUCCUGCCUGGAGGAAUUCCGAGCGAGUCCGUUUAUAGAAUGCCAUGGACGAGGAACUUGUAACUACUACUCAAACUCCUACAGUUUCUGGCUGGCUUCACUCAACCCAGAAAGAAUGUUCAGAAAACCUAUUCCAUCAACUGUGAAAGCUGGAGACUUAGAGACAAUUAUAAGCCGCUGUCAGGUGUGCAUGAAGAAAAGACAUUGACGAAAUCAAAGAAACUAGAACCGCUUUUUUGUUCCUUCUUAAGUAACAAAGUUGUGGCUUAGAACAUGCAUCUAUUUAGGUCUUUCUCUCUAACCUUAAAGAUGUGGUAGUGUAAGUUUCACUACACAAGAAAGCAUUUCAUUCAAGUUAGUCUGUGACGUGGGUCUCUAAACCCAUAGGCUUCAAAGUUCCCUGUGGAAAGGCAACAGCUGUCCACAGAAUACACUGAUCACAUUCCAGUUGUACCCAAAGCACUGACUAAAUGAGGAUUGGGUGGAGCUUGAAAUACAAGCUAAGGUAGGUCUUGUCCUGUGGAUACACAAUGUUCCUUGUCUCCCACUCCUGAGGGAAGGAGUGUGUUUCCUUCCACCUCCUUCCUGAAACCUUAGACUUCAGCUAGAGAAGGAGAUGGGGGCAUACAGAAAUCAAGCACACCAUGAAAAGAACUGGAGGGUCAGAGCUGUUAAGUGGUAUAACACAGGAUUAUGGGCUAAGAACACAGGAUUAAUGAGCCUCAUGAUGUUCUGGGACUCACUGAAAUAUGCCCAAAGCUAGGACCAAAGGAAACUUCCUGAAGGGAAUCAUAGCAGGCUUGGAUAUAAAGUAUAGUUUUGUUUUCUGUUUUGUUGACUAUGUCUUUUUGCUUGUUCACUAAUCUCUUUUUACUAUAUCAAUAGAUCCAAAACAGGUAAAACGUUUACCUUUAGGGAACUAAUUUUUUACCAGGAUGUCAUACACAUACAUUGAAACAUUUCUCUUUAUUGUUUUCAGUGUACUCACAAGCAACAAGGACACUACUUACUAAAUGUGCACUUUAUCCCCACUCCUAUAAACACUGACCUUAAAUAAUUUCACCAGAAAAGAAUGUGAGGCACUUGCUGGUUUAUCAGACUCAAAACAUUUCUCUUUGCUCCAAAUAGUUCAUAACAUGGAUUUACAGAUUUGUUCCUUUGUUAGUUUUUUUUUUAACUUUUCCUUCAGAAAACACACACGGACCCCAUGUUUUUAAUGAUAUAUAUUCUUAACAACCAUGUGGAGAGAGACCACUGGGUAAAAACCUUACUGUACUGUACACAGCUGCUGUAUGACUUCAAACAUGUUCUUAAGUAUAUAGAUACAUUCCAAAGUUACCUAAUUCAACUUAACAAGUUAUGUCCCAUGUACUGUACUGGGGGAGUGUGUGCAAGGGUUAGUAAAAGAGACUUCUGAUCUAACCUCAAAGGCAACACAUUUUGUGUAUAAAGACUCUGUGUAUGCAAGACGCCCAUCCCCCACCCCUUCACCUCCCUCCCUGCACUAAAACCAAGGAGUCUCAUAUAUGGGUGUGGCUCUCCUGGUUGUUUUAUUUUUCCUUUACCACUGUUCUGUAUUUCAUUAUAAUUCAGCAGGCCCAAUAGAAAGUUUAAAAAUAAGAGCACUUAUUGCCCUUGCAGAAGUCCCUGGUUCAGUUCCCAGUACCCACACACUGGUACUGGUUCACAGUAGCCUGUUCCAGGUGAUCUGACAUCCACUUCUGGCCUCUGCACCCAUGCCACAGCCAGAUACACAAAAGUCAUUUAAAAUAAGAUCUAUGUCUAAGCUAAGUUCAAAACCUCUAACUUCUCUUAGGUACCCCAGAGGUCUAAGUCUAAAAAAAAAUUAAAUCAGGAAUGUUUAAAAAUCAAAUAUGUACCACUAUUUGAUGACUCAUCGAGGCCAGGCAUUGUGAGGCAAAGCUUUGAGUAUAUCUCUUGGUCCACUGAAGUGGACCUGAUGGUGCUGAUACUUACGUUCAGGCUGGUGCUGUAAACUCAACUGCUUUGUAUUGGAAAAUGUGACCCAAGAGCACAGACAAGGGUUGUCCUUCUUCAACACUCAUGUGACUGCUACAAGACAUUUUUACACCUGAGCUGAGAUGUGCAACAUCUCAUUACAAGUAUGUAUUUCAGCUAACAUUUCUGUUUGAAAAAAUGUCCUACUGUCCCACAUACAUUCCAGUAGUGAAAACAAGGGACGAAUCCCCUUGGCCAGUAUGAUCCCAAGUAGGAGGAGCAGCUGUAGCAUCCGGGAGCUUGUCAUAAAUGCCCAUUCUAGAGCAUUCUAGACCUGCAAAAUUAGAAACUGUAAUUAGAAAACAGAAAUUUGGGUUUUGAUUCGUUGAGAAGCCUCCCAUUGUACAGCCCAGGCUGACCCCCAAAUCACCACAAUUUUUCUGCCUCAGCCACCCAGAAUUUUGUCUUAAAGGUUUUCAUCAUCCUCUGGUGCUCUCCACUCACUAGGCACACGCCCAAGAAACUGGCCAUAAUCCUUUCACCUUUGCCUCUUUUAAAAACACACAGGUGACUUUCAGGGUAAUCUAUUUCCCUACCAGACUGGUGCUGAUGUUAUACAGCCGCCGUUCAUUUGCCCAUAGGUCCCUUUCUUCUCCUGUCCUCUUAUCAGUAUUAAGACAGGUAAUACUGGACUCCUUAAUGCCCAAAGAAUUCAUAUCAACAGUCAGUCAUUUGUACUUCUAAGAGUGAGCAAUAAAAUACAGCCGAUGCAUAUUACAUCCCAGAUGUGUAUGAGUAAAUUAUAAAUUUAAAAUUCAACUUCAUAUGUGGCUGGAGAAAAAUGGUUCGGUAGUUAAGAAUGCAGGCUUCUCUGCAGAGGCCCCAAAUAUAGUUCCCAAUACCCAGCUUAUGCAGCUGAGGACUGCUCAAACGGAUACAUCUGACCUCCAAGGACACACACACACAGGUGGCAUUCACUAGCACAGGCACUGCCACAUAAAUAAAAAUAAAUCUUUAAACAUUUCUGACUGAUUAACAAAACGUUUGUUUCAAAUUUGGUGCUUCAACUCUGGAAUUUCACAGUGUGCUAAAACAACUGUUUUUUUUUUUUUGCAAGAUAAAACAUUAUUAAUUUAUUCAUAAAAGUAUUAAAAUGUUUAAAUUUGAACUUUAUUGCUAAUUUUAGAAAGUUUUUUUAUAUUUCAAAUGUAACUUACUACCACUAAACUUAAUUUAAUAUUUUCUCAGUAACCACUUGAAAUUUA